AUGAUGGCGGUGCUGGAGCUGAUGAGCCACGGAACACUUGGCGGCGGCUUCCCCUACGACCUGGGCACCCGGUGCUGGGCCUUCGAGGUGACCGCCUUCCAUGCCCAAGGCCGCGGCGGGGCGCAGGUCCUGGGCAGCUUGGAUCUGGAGACGUGGCAUCUGAUUGCCCAGGGCCAGCUGCAGGAGGAGGUCUUUGUCCUUCCAAGCCGGCAGCUGGUGCCAGUGCGGUAUUUGCUGGUGAAAGCGGAUGUCACCAGCACCUUGACGCCGCAGGGGCACUGCAGCGGCAUGGCGCCCCCGGAGGGCAAGAGGUGGAGCCAUUCGGUGCCGCACCAGGAUGCAUCCUUCGUGACGCUGUUGGUGGAGAACAGCCCAGGCCUCUUUCUGAAGACCGACCUGCAAAGCCCCUGGCAGCGAGUCCACUUCUCACGGCCUGGUCAUGGGAUCAGGGAUACCUUGAUGUCAUCUGAAGCUCAUCAACUGUGGACGCAUUCUUAG